AUAAAAUAUUGUGGUAAAGAAAGAAUUUUGUAUACAAGACAAAAUCCUUCCAGCCAAUUAGGCGAAAGAUGUCUAUCAUUACAUGAAAAUACAUUUAAAAUUGAGUGGCUGAAUCUGGGAAAAAUCCCAAUGAAAAUGAUACAUUACCUAAACUUUUCAACACAUGUUCAUGUAACUAUACUCCAAUCUCUUCCAGCAAAUUAUAUAUAUUGAUACCUUAGAGCCUACGACAAACACAGAAAGAGAUGGAAGAUAAACAAAGAGAGUUAGGAGAAGAAGAGAAAGAAGAAGAACAUGCCAAAGUGGAAAUCUGGAAAUAUGUGUUCGGGUUUGUCGAAAUCGCGGUGGUAAAAUGUUCCAUUGAGCUUGGAAUAGCUGAUGCAAUUGAAAGCCAUGGCAGCCCCAUGACACUCCUAGAGCUAUCAUCUGCUCUAAGAUGUGAUCCUUCUCCCCUUUACCGCAUCAUGAGGGUCCUAGUCCACCUCAAAAUAUUCAAAGAAAAACCAGCAACCCAAUUAGGCCCCAAAGUUUAUGCACAAACACCUUUGUCCAAACGGCUAUUGAAAUCCGGAAAAAACAGCAUGGCUGCUUUCAUUUUGCUAGAGAGUAGCCCGGUAAUGCUGGCACCAUGGCAUGGCCUCAGUGCCCGAAUCCAAGGUGUUAGCAACCCGUCAUUCGAGGCAGUACAUGGAGAGGAUGUGUGGAGCUAUGCCGCGGCCAAUCCUAAUCACAGCAAGCUCAUCAAUGAAGCAAUGGCUUGUGAUGCAAGGGUGGCUGUGCCUGCUGUGCUUGAAAGCUGUUUAGAGGUGUUCAAAGGGCUCGAGACAAUUGUAGAUGUGGGUGGGGGUGACGGGACUACUUUGCGCUUGUUGGUCGAGGAGUGCCCUUGGAUUCGAGGCGUCAAUUUUGAUCUUCCUCAUGUUGUGUCUGUUGCUCAAGAGUGUGAUCGCAUUGAGAAUGUUGGGGGUGACAUGUUUGAUUGUGUUCCAAAGGCUGAUGCUGCAAUUAUCAUGUGGGUUCUUCAUGACUGGGGAGACGAUGAGUGCAUCCGUAUCCUUAAGAAGUGCAGGGAAGCUAUUCCGGAGGACAAAGGGAAGGUGAUAAUAGUAGAAGCUGUAAUUGAAGAAGACAAUGAAAAACAAGACAAGAAGCUAACAGAUGUGAGAUUGAUGCUAGAUAUGGUGAUGAUGGCCCAUACAAACACAGGCAAAGAAAGGACCCUGAAAGAAUGGGGAUAUGUUCUUGGUGAGGCUGGCUUUAGCCGACACACUAUUACUCCCAUUCAUGCUGUCCAAUCUGUUAUCCAAGCUUUUCCUUAAAAUUAUCGAACAAAGUUAACUAAGGAUGUGGAUUGGUAUUCUCAAAUUAGUGUUUUAUUGUAUUGCUCAGCUCUUAAAAUUGCAAUAAAAUGUGUGCAACGUGUUGUGGCUGCUAUAUCUUUGGAUAUAAGCAUGUUUUUCGUGCAAUAAAAUACUUCGGUUUUUUAAGAUGUGCAUACAUGUGAACUUCAA